AACGAAGAAAACAGAGAAAAGAAGGAAAGAACAAAAAAAAAAAAAAAACAUCAAGUAAAAUUGAAGGAAAUUUUCAUUUUCUUUUUCUUUUUUUUGAAGAGAAAAAUAUUUAUGAAAAGCAAAAGGCAGAUGGGAGAAGUGAUAAUAUAUGUGGAUGAUUAUGAAUUCUUCUCUACUUCUUCUUCAACAUAUUUAUGUAGGAUUUGUCAUGAUGAAGAAUUUGAAAGUUGUAAAAACUUAGAAGCUCCAUGUGCAUGUUCUGGAACUGUAAAGUAUGCGCACAGGGAUUGUAUUCAAAGAUGGUGUAAUGAAAAGGGAAAUACAAUCUGUGAAAUUUGUUUACAGAAAUUUGAACCUGCAUACACGGCUCCACCUCCUAAAAAGGUCCACUUGGUUGAUCAUAAUACAGCUGCAAUUAUUAGAGGAAGUGUAGAAGCAGAUGUAGAAAAUGGAAGGGAGAGAGUGGAAUCAGAUUCAGAAGAAGAAAGAGAAAUGUUGGUGAGGCGGAGUCAGUAUUCUGAAUGCUCACAAGCUGCCGAUAGAAGUGCCUCUUUUUGUCGAACUAUUGCUCUCAUUUUCACAAUUCUGCUUAUGAUGAGACAUUUGUUAGAGGUGCUCAAUGGAGGAGCAAGAAAUUACCCCUUUACACUUCCUACACUGAUUAUUAUAAAAGCCACUGGAAUACUCUUGCCUAUGUACAUUAUACUCCUUUUAAUCUCGAGAAUUCAGAUUAUCAUUAGACAUCAUUAUCUGGAUUCAGAAGACAGGCUAUCCAACUCUGACCAAGACAACUAAUACAAGCGUCCAAUUUGCAUAUUCUUUUUCAUUAACUGUGUAAUUUGUAUUUCUAAUUUUCUAAGCAUCCUACUGAUGCUUAUCAAAUUCUUCUUCAUACACGUGGAGAAUAAUUAAAAGCUUCACUAAAAAGAUUCCAUGGCAGUUACAUGAUUAUAGUAAUACAAUUACAUUGCUUCUUUUAACAAA